GAAAAAGCACAAGGAGGAAAUGACCAUGGCCAAGCUAACUGAAUCCAUGACUAACGUCCUGGAGGGUGAUUCCAUGGACCAGGAUGUGGAAAGCCCAGUGGCCAUUCACCAACCAAAGUUGCCUAAGCAGGCCAGGGAUGACCUUCCAAGACACAUCAGCCGAGACAGAACCAAGCGGAAAAUCCAGAGGUAUGUAAGGAAGGAUGGGAAGUGUAACGUCCACCACGGCAACGUGCGGGAGACGUACCGGUACCUGACGGACAUCUUCACCACCCUGGUGGACCUGAAGUGGAGGUUCAACCUGCUCAUCUUUGUCAUGGUCUACACAGUGACAUGGCUCUUCUUUGGGAUGAUCUGGUGGCUAAUUGCCUACAUCCGAGGAGAUAUGGACCACAUAGAAGACCCCUCGUGGACUCCCUGUGUCACCAACCUCAAUGGGUUUGUCUCUGCUUUUUUAUUUUCAAUAGAGACAGAAACCACCAUUGGUUAUGGCUACCGUGUCAUCACGGACAAGUGCCCCGAGGGGAUCGUGCUCCUCUUAAUCCAGUCUGUGUUGGGGUCCAUCGUCAACGCGUUCAUGGUGGGGUGCAUGUUUGUGAAAAUAUCCCAACCCAAGAAGAGGGCGGAGACCUUGGUCUUUUCCACCCACGCAGUGAUUUCCAUGCGGGACGGGAAACUGUGCCUGAUGUUCCGCGUGGGGGACUUGAGGAACUCCCACAUCGUGGAGGCUUCCAUCAGAGCCAAGUUGAUCAAGUCCAAACAGACCUCAGAGGGGGAGUUCAUCCCCCUCAACCAGACGGAUAUCAACGUGGGGUACUACACCGGGGACGACCGCCUCUUUCUGGUGUCACCGUUGAUCAUUAGCCACGAAAUUAACCAACAGAGUCCCUUCUGGGAGAUCUCCAAAGCCCAGCUGCCUAAAGAGGAACUGGAGAUUGUGGUCAUUCUGGAGGGGAUGGUGGAAGCCACAGGAAUGACGUGCCAAGCUCGAAGCUCGUACAUCGCCAGUGAGAUCUUGUGGGGCUACCGGUUCACGCCUGUCCUAACGCUGGAGGACGGAUUCUACGAAGUUGACUACAACAGCUUCCAUGAGACCUAUGAGACCAGCACCCCGUCCCUUAGCGCCAAAGAGCUGGCCGAGCUGGCUAACAGGGCAGAGCUGCCUCUGAGCUGGUCUGUGUCCAGCAAACUGAACCAACACGCAGAACUGGAGACGGAGGAGGAAGAGAAGAACCCAGAAGAACAAACGGCGAGGAAUGGUGACGUGGCAAAUCUAGAAAAUGAAUCCAAAGUGUAGGCCCUGCCGGGUCAGCCUCUCCCUCCCCUCAGCCAUGGCCAGGCCUUGUGUCCCAGUGCCCUUCCUUUCUGUCUCUCUCACUUUGAUCUUGAUUUGUUUCUAUUUAAUUUUGGCAUUUCCAGAAAACAAAUCUUCAAGGUGUAAAAUACCUACCUGCCCUUCCUCAGAUGUUCAGAUGGACAAGUAGUCGGGGAUUUGAUUAAGGUCAUUUGUGCCCAAGCCUGGUCUCCACCUACAGAAGAGACUUAGCGACUUACCCACUUUAUUGUCCAACACAAACCACUCAAAAGAGCUGUCAGGGUUUUACCCAAUGUCACAAAGAACACGACCUGUUUACUGUGGCCACAGGUCAUGCAGAAUAGCCUCUAAGUUUUACAGAGCCCAGUCCAUCUCUUAGCACAAGGCAGGUGCUUGUCCACAGAGACACUGAUGGUACAGGACCCAGGUGAGCUAAGGAUAGACCACUGUACCCAGGUGAGCUAAGGAUAGACCACUG